UGUAAUCGAAUUCAAAUCCCAUCUCAAACUUUCUUCAGUUCAUCUUGCAUUAUUUGUGUAACUUAUACGCGAUGCAGUCGGGCUUUUUACUUUUCAUAUUUCUGACUUUGCUCUGCAUAUGUCAUGGUAAUGAAAAAUGCUAUGAGAUUCAUAGCGUAACUCAAUCCGAAUUGGAAUCUAUGCCGAGAAACACAAUUUUGGAUAGUCUUCCACUUAAAAUUAAGUGUUUUCUUAAGUGUCUAAUGGAUGAUAUUUUGGGAGUUGACGGAAGGAUUGAUUUAAGUCGAAUUGAUGGAAAUGAAGAACUUGAACCGAGACGCAAUAAGCUGGAAAAGUGCAAGGAGCGUUACGAUUCGUAUAUUAUCAAUAAUGCUGAUGAGGCCUGUGAUUACGCUGUAAAAGUUCUGCAAUGCUUGCGUGUUACUAAAAAUUAAAAUGCUAAACUGAUAACCUUUUUAACUUUUUCUAAUAUGUUUUCCAUAUAUGUACAUAUGUUAUAAAAACAAUCAAUAAAUAUUAAAUAUAUAUUAUACAAAGAAUACCAAAUAUAUUAAAACACUA